UGUGGCCUCACAACUGUCCAGUUAAUCGGUCAGAGACGCGAGUAUCAGCCAUGAGGAACCUGCUCACCACUCAAGACCAGAACUUCUACCGCGAGCUGAUCCUGAAGGAGGCCUACACCCGGCUGGCGUGGAAGAUGAAAUACAGCAAAGAAUACCCGACCACCUUCGCGUCUCGCAGGUCCAAGUCCAUCGGGCUUUUUAACCCUCCGUCUGUGGAUAAACUCAAGCUGCCUCCUGUGGUCCAGACGCGGGAGAAGCAGCGUGAAGCGCCCGCUCCGGUGCGUCGGUCUCUGAGUGAGGCCCCGCUUAUGAGACCUGUGAGCCCGCAGACUAAAGCGGCUCUUUAUCAGGGGUUAUCCAACGAAGGCAAAGGGCGAGGUUUGUACCUGAGGAAACGGGCGCAGAAAGGUCCUGAGGAAAAGUUUGAUUAUCCAAUUCUGUCGUCCUUUGAUUAUGGAUGGAGAUUAGGUGACUAUGAGAUUGACUGUAAGACGCCGGCCUAUGGGAGAUCUGGGAUCGUAAGAAACACUUUCUACGCCAGGAAUGGCAUUUUUAAUAUUCCCACACCGACUGAUCAACUCGGCUGAGAUGUUUUUCUCACCUCAUUGAACAGACAGUAUUCACCUUAAAUCUAAUACUCGGAGUCAUUUACUUAAGUAAAUCAUUUAUUUUAAUGAAAUAACUCUUAUAAGCAUACAUACAUCGU